CUCUUUCCGGGCGACCGUCGCGGAGGCUGCAGCGGGUGAGAUUUCCCCGGCUGGAGCGGACCUUUCCAAUCCGUCGCCAUCCUCCGCGGGGCGGCCCCGAGCUGUUACCCGGUGCCUGAGGCGUGGUGGGGGCUUCGCGGCGGCCCCGAUGGGGCCCUGUCGAGGAAGCGAGAGGGGGACGGGAGAGGGCUCGGUCGCCUCGGGCUUUAUUGCUGCCGCCGUGCGGCCCGAGCCUUCCCGGGGGCUGCUGCCAAAAUGAAGUUCAACCCGUUCGUAACUUCAGACCGCAGCAAGAACCGCAAACGGCACUUCAAUGCCCCUUCUCACAUCCGGAGAAAAAUAAUGUCCUCCCCGCUGUCCAAAGAGCUGCGGCAGAAAUACAACGUGCGCUCCAUGCCCAUCCGGAAGGAUGAUGAAGUCCAGGUUGUCCGGGGACAUUACAAAGGGCAGCAGAUUGGCAAAGUGGUCCAGGUGUACAGGAAGAAGUACGUCAUCUACAUUGAGCGUGUGCAGCGCGAGAAGGCCAACGGCACCACUGUGCACGUGGGAAUCCAUCCCAGCAAGGUGGUGAUCACAAGGCUAAAACUGGACAAAGACCGCAAGAAGAUCUUGGAGCGUAAAGCAAAGUCUCGCCAGGUUGGCAAGGAGAAGGGCAAAUACAAGGAAGAAACAAUCGAAAAGAUGCAAGAGUAGAUGGUUUUCUAUUUGACACCAUUAAAGAACUGCUAAAAUUAAA